AUGACAAAAAAAAGUAAAGAUUUUAGCAAAGAUAUCAUUAAAAGAAAUGACGAAAGGGCAAAAUUGGCAAGAGAGAAAUAUCAAAAUAAAUACCAAGAUAUUUUACAAACUGCUGAUAUACCAGCACCAUGUUCAACCGAGGACUCUGAUAACCAUAACUAUUCCAAAAAAUUUAAUAAUAAAUCUUUGUUCUUUGAAUCGACUGAAGGUAUGUCCCCAAGUACCACUAGAUCAAGAAUUACAUUUACAUCGCGGGACAGAAGUUUUGUUAAAGAAUUCUAUUAG